CGCUUCUCGAGAGACGCAUGCGCACAAACGUCGCUCCCAGGAUUGGGCGGUCGUUUCCAAGAUUGGGAGCGCCCCGCUAAAUCUUGCGCGGGCGCGUUAGGUCCUGGUCGCUAUGCGGGUGCUUGUGGGUGGCGGGACGGGCUUCAUUGGGACAGCCCUAACCCAGCUGUUGAAAGCCAGGGGCCACGAAGUGACGUUGGUCUCCCGAAAGCCCGGGCCCGGUCGGAUCACCUGGGAUGAGCUUGCUACGUCGGGGCUGCCGCGCUGUGAUGCGGCUGUCAACCUGGCAGGAGAGAACAUCCUCAACCCUCUCCGAAGAUGGAAUGAAACCUUCCAGAAGGAGGUUCUCAGCAGCCGCUUGGAGACCACCCAGAUAUUGGCUAAAGCCAUCACCAAAGCCCCACAACCCCCCAAGGCCUGGGUCUUAGUCACUGGUGUAGCUUACUACCAGCCCAGCCCGACUGCAGAGUACGAUGAGGACAGCCCAGGAGGGGAUUUUGACUUUUUCUCCAACCUGGUAACCAAAUGGGAAACUGCAGCCAGGCUUCCUGGAGAGUCUACACGCCAGGUGGUGGUGCGUUCUGGGGUCGUGCUGGGUCGUGGGGGCGGUGCCAUCGGUCAGAUGCUGCUGCCCUUCCGCCUGGGCCUGGGGGGCCCCAUCGGCUCGGGCCACCAGUUCUUCCCCUGGAUUCACAUCAGAGACCUGGCAGGAAUCCUGAUCCAUGCCCUUGAAGCAAGCCACGUGCAGGGGGUCCUGAAUGGAGUGGCUCCAGCCCCCACUACUACAAAUGCUGAGUUUGCCAAGGCUUUGGGCGCUGCCCUAGGCCGCCCAGCCUUCAUCCCUCUCCCCAGCAUGGUGGUGCAAGCUGUCUUUGGGCAAGAGCGUGCCAUCAUGCUGCUGGAGGGCCAGAAGGUGGUCCCACGGCGGACACUGGCCACAGGCUACCAGUAUUCCUUCCCAGAGCUAGGGGCCGCCUUGAAGGAAGUCGUAGCCUAAGCAGGGAGGCCUCUGGCAGGGCUGGAGUCCUGUCCCUCAACAGAGGCUUCCUGGUUGGAGACUCAGGUACUCCUCUGGGACCUGAAAUCAUCUAGUCCUUAGAGAUUCCUCUCCCUGCCCUCCUCAUGGUUCCUUUGCUCCACCUGAUUUAACUGAGAGACUGUCCACUGUCUCAAGGUUGCAGUCUCAUCAAGUUGGAUCCUUAAACUCUUCAACUCCUUGGAAAAGAAUUCCCAGAUUGGUUUCCCUGUGUGUCCCAUUACUGUCCCAGUUACCCUUUAUGUUGUGUAGAGAAUUCUCUGUGAUUGAGGCAAUAAAGAUAAAUUAUCUCA